CCAUAAAUGCAUGCCAUAUAGACUGCACUUUCAAGAUUGAAACGGCUGUCAAAAUGCCUUCUGCUACGCUUCCCACGUCUUCGUUGUUCACCAUCGUGCCUCUGGCACCCGAGCUCCGAAAGGAUACGCUGAUUGGGGCUGAAGUCGUCCUUAACAAGAGGGGACCAAUCGUCCCAAGCACACUCUUGCCAGAUGAUAUCUCUGUCCUCCGACAAGCUCUAUAUGAUAAUUCGGUUCUGGUUAUCAGAAAACAGCAAGGCAUUGAUCCGCAUGCUUUGGAGCAACUGGCAGCUAUCUGGGAUGAGAACUUGAUUAAUGUCCAUUCAGCUGGAAAAGAACAAGUUCUGGAUCCUCGUAACAUCUUAUCUCGAAACAAUGGGGCACGACUUCCAAGGGCGCAGAAUGUGCAGAUAAUUGGAAAUGGAGAGUUCAAAGGAUAUGAAGGGAUUGAUUAUUUGAAUCUGAGACAUAUUGAUUCUGCAGACUUUCACGCCGAGCCACUGACUAAAGAAGCCCUUGAAGAUGGAGAGACAAGAUUCUAUCGGUGGCACCAGGAUGCCCCAUUGUAUGAGAGUUUGCCCGGGAAAGUGACGUUGAUUCACGGAUUGGUUGUUCCCAAACUACCAGACCAGAAAAUCAGGUUUGACAACGGAGAAGUGAUGGAAGUACAGGCAGGCUCCACAGCAUUCAUCUCGGGGGCGAGAGCUUUCCAACUACUGACACCCGAGGAGCAGGAAUUUGCCCUAAACACAACUGUCCAGUACGCUCCCAGAGCAUAUGAAUGGAUCCGAGAUUGCAAAGCAACAUCCGACGGUCUAGGAAUCGCGAAAGUUGGCGAUGAAAAGCCUAACGACGAGCUUCCUCCUUGGACAUGGGACAAAGUCCAAGCCUUCCCGAUGGCCUGGAAGAAUCCCGGCCGGCCAGAACAACCGCAUCUUCAGAUCCUAGGAUGCUGUGUCCAUUCCCUACGCACCAAAGAUCCAGUGACGGGUAAAGUGACAGUGAUUGACGACCUGGCGGAAACACGAAGGAUCUGCUAUAAUCUGCAAAAGAAGGCCGUCAAGCCGCAGCAUAUAUAUGCACACCGAUGGGAAGAUGGAGAUUUAGUAAUCUUUCACAAUUAUGGGGCUUGGCACUCUAUUACGGGCCAGUUAGGCUCUACUCAGAGAUUGAUGUGGCAAGUCUCGAUGAGGAGUGCUAAGGAACCCGAGCCUGCAAGAGCUUAAUCGCCUGCAAAAUAUGAUGUGAAACGAAAUACACCUAGGUAGAUUUUGAGCAAAUGCACUUUGCUCC